AUGCAUAAUUUGGUAAAAGCAAAUGCUUGGGUAGUUCUAAGACUACCUUCAGAUAAUCUCAAAGUCUUACAGGUAAUUCCAAAUACUCCAAUAUCACUGGGGAAAUAUGGUACAUUUCCAAGCAACCUUAUAAUUGAUCGUCCCUACAAUCUCAAAUACGAACUUGUCGACAGACAACAAGAUCAAAAGUAUUCAGAUUUGAGAAUCGUACCGGCCUCUGAGAUUCAUGCCGACACAAUAGCAGAAGAACAUGCAGCGGCAAACCCUGUUGCUGACGAUAAUGUAAUAAUUGGGGGAGAUGGUGUCGAAUUCGAACUUGUAGGAGAAAAUGGCGAAAUUAUCAUGCGUUCAAAUCGAGAAACCAUCGAUGACUCUGCUAGGCAGACCUUGACUCAGGAAGAGAUUGAGACUCUAAAGAGAGACGGUGCUGCUGCAGGAAAGGACUUAAUUGCUAAACUAAUGCUAUCACAUACUGCUAUCGACGAAAAGACGUCUUUCUCACUAGCGAAAUACAAGCUCUUGAAAACGAGGAAAUACCUACGACAAUUUACAAUAUUACCAAUGGAUGUGGCAAUGAUGGAUUGCUGGAUGAUGAAAGAGAAAGAUGCUAGCAAGAUCAUGGAAUUUAGGGAAGAAAUGCUUGCUUUAGCGGGGAGCUGGGCAAAUGUCCAUUUCUCUGAGGAUCCAGAAAACGAACAUACCGACGCUCUCGAUACGAGAGGUGGCGGCCGUUUACUAGUAGUGGAUGAGACUGGAGGAUUACUGGUUGCAGCUAUGGCCGAGAGAAUGGGCCUGCUAUACCCAGAAGAAGAUCAAGAUCUACCCACGGAAUUCACAGGAGCUUCGGAAGAAGCUCAGGCUGAUAAAGAAUUAACUCCACGGAAUCAGUUGGACCGACCAUAUCGACCUUAUGCCAGUACCAAUACGUUGACGUUAAUACACACCAACUCUCAACCAAACCUUUCACUACUAAAAUAUUUCAAUUUCAACAUUGAUAGUCCUGCAGCAUCGCAUCCACUGACUAAACGACUUCUACCUAUAUCCUGGUUACAGCUCAUAUCACCAGAAAACGAUAGUCUGUAUUCAUCCCCACCCCCUUCGGCAACGCCAGAGGAGUUGUUGAAAUGGAGUUCAGGGAAACGAGGAACACACUUCCGAAAGAAGCGUCGCUGGGAGAGAAUUAGACAUAUUGUCUCCACUGCCCAACAUGGCGACUUUACCGGCUUAGUAGUAGCUUCCAACAUGGAUCCCAUAUCUAUCAUCCGCCGCACUAUCCACCUCCUCCGACCCAGCGCCACCAUCACCAUAUAUUCUCCUACCAUUGAGCCUCUAGUAGUCCUAGCAGAUUUGUACAGCACUUCCAGAAGAACCGCGUUCAUUCAAGCACUUCCAGAAGAACUAAAAGGUCUCUCACAAGCUGAACUAGCAUCAUGGCAGGGAAAUGAGGAUUUCCCUCUGAACCCCUCGCUUAUAUUGAAUACAUCAGUACAGAGCUGCAGAAGACGCGAAUGGCAAGUUUUGCCAGGGAGAACGCAUCCAUUGAUGACAAGCAAAGGCGGUGCUGAGGGAUAUUUGUUCACGGGUACGAGAGUUGUGCCUGCGGAGGGGAAAGUUAUGGCGAGGGGGAAGUUCUCAAAGAGACCGAAGGUUGUUGAAGGUGAAGAGGGGGCAGAUAAGAGGGUAACGGGUGAUACUGAAGAGAGUGCAAAUAAGAAAAUCAAACUGGAUACCGAAAGUUUGGAUGCUCAAACGAAUGAUAAAUCGGAUAUAGAUAUGGGGAUAUAG